AUGAAGCCAGCACAGAUCAGAUUCUCUCUACAGAGACCUCUACAGCACAGAGAUCCAGACAUGGCACCUACAAUCACUGCAGCAAUGACCAACUCUCAGGACCAUCUGACUCUGACCCACAAGCUCAGAAAGCCUCUGGUGGAGAAGUUACGCAGAGAGCGAAUCAACAGCAGCAUUGAGCAGCUCAAGUCUCUCCUGGGUCCAGAGUUCCUCAAACAGCAGCCAGACUCCAAGCUGGAGAAAGCAGAGAUCCUGGAGAUGACAGUUUGCUUCCUGAGACGACUGAAGCAGCAGAAUCAGCAGCACAGAAGACUGCUCAACCACUUCAACAAGCUGCAGUCUUCCUCUGAUAACAACCUGACAGAGGCUGACUUCUCUCCUCUGAGCUCCACAGUCCACACCAGCAUCACCAAAGAGAAGAGUCCAGUCAACAGCGCCCUCUGGAGGCCGUGGUAG